CCGUCCCGACCGCACUGACCAUUUGCAGGAGCGUCGGCGGUGGGGAAGCGCUGCGGCCACGGUGCACCUCCACGGACAGACGCGCAAAACUCAAUACACAUACAAAAAAGCAAAACUUCUGCUUAUAACACUUCCGUGUUCAAAAUGGCUGACUCUAUGCAACCGGGCAUUGAAGGCGACGGUGCUGAGAAUAUGAGAGGUUUUGCCAGGCAAGGCGCGCUGAGGCAGAAAAACGUCCAUGAAGUAAAAAAUCACAAGUUUAUCGCCCGUUUCUUCAAGCAGCCGACCUUCUGCAGCCACUGCACGGACUUUAUCUGGGGAUUCGGAAAACAAGGAUUCCAGUGUCAAGUCUGCUGCUUCGUGGUGCACAAGCGCUGCCAUGAAUUUGUUACCUUCUCCUGUCCUGGAGCAGAUAAGGGUCCUGCCUCAGAUGACCCUCGGAGCAAGCACAAGUUCAAGGUGCACACAUACUCCAGUCCCACCUUCUGCGAUCACUGUGGAUCGCUGCUCUACGGCCUCAUCCACCAGGGAAUGAAAUGCGAUCAUUGCAUGAUGAACAUUCACAAACGCUGCGUGGCCAAUGUACCCAGCCUCUGUGGCACCGACCACACGGAGCGGAGGGGGCGGAUCCAGAUCGCCGCCGAGAUCAAGAACAGCAUGCUGCACGUCUCCGUUAAGGAGGCAAAGAACCUUGUGCCCAUGGAUCCCAAUGGUCUGUCUGAUCCUUAUGUCAAGUUGAAACUCAUCCCAGAUCCAAAGAAUGAGAGCAAGCAGAAGACCAAGACAAUUAAGUGUUCUCUCAACCCUACGUGGAACGAAAACUUCACCUUCAAUCUGAAGGAGUCUGACAAGGACCGCAGGCUGUCUUUGGAAGUGUGGGACUGGGAUCUGACCAGUCGGAAUGACUUCAUGGGGUCCCUGUCAUUUGGGAUUUCUGAGCUGCAAAAGCAGGGAGUGAACGGCUGGUUCAAAAUGCUCAGCCAGGAGGAAGGAGAGUAUUUCAAUGUGCCAGUCCCACCCGAGGGGGAGGAUGGCAACGAGGAGCUCAGGCAGAAGUUCGAGAGAGCGAAAAUUGGCCCAGGCACAAAGAACGCGGAUAGUUCCUCUACCAACGUCAUGCCCAAAUGUGACAAGAACGGCAACCGGGACCGCGUCAAGCUGUCUGACUUCAACUUCCUCAUGGUGUUGGGCAAGGGCAGCUUCGGCAAGGUGAUGCUGGCUGAGAGAAAGAAUACCGAUGAGCUUUACGCUGUCAAGAUCCUGAAGAAGGACGUUGUCAUCCAGGAUGAUGACGUGGAAUGCACCAUGGUGGAGAAGAGAGUUCUUGCUCUGUCAGGGAAGCCCCCCUUCCUCACUCAGCUACACUCCUGCUUCCAGACCAUGGACCGCCUCUACUUCGUGAUGGAGUACAUCAAUGGUGGGGACCUUAUGUACCAGAUCCAGCAGGUCGGAAAGUUCAAGGAGCCUCACGCUGUGUUCUACGCUGCUGAGAUUGCCAUCGGCCUCUUCUUCCUCCAUUCAAAGGGCAUCGUGUAUCGGGACCUCAAGUUGGAUAACGUGAUGCUGGACUCGGAAGGGCACAUCAAGAUCGCUGACUUCGGCAUGUGUAAGGAGAACAUGUGGGACGGCGUGACCACGAAGACCUUCUGCGGCACCCCCGACUACAUCGCGCCCGAGAUCAUCGCCUACCAGCCGUACGGGAAGUCCGUGGAUUGGUGGGCGUUUGGGGUCCUGCUGUACGAGAUGCUGGCUGGACAGCCCCCCUUCGACGGCGAGGACGAAGACGAGCUCUUCCAGUCGAUCAUGGAGCACCAUGUGUCCUACCCCAAAGCCAUGUCUAAGGAGGCUGUGGCCAUCUGCAAAGGGCUGAUGACCAAGCACCCGGGCAAGCGGCUGGGCUGCGGCCCAGAGGGCGAGCGCGACAUCAAGGAGCACGCCUUCUUCCGCUACAUGGACUGGGAGAAGCUGGCGAACAAGGAGGUCCAGCCACCGUUCAAGCCCAAAGCAUGUGGCCGCGACGCUGAGAACUUUGAUCGCUUUUUCACCCGCCAUCCUCCAGUGUUAACCCCGCCUGACCAGGAGGUCAUCAUGAACCUUGACCAAGCCGAUUUUGAGGGCUUUUCCUAUAUAAACCCCGUUUAUAGCGACACGCCAGCCAGGAGUUAAGGACCGCAUGAGACGCUAAUCCUGAGCUCCUUGAUGCAUUACCCAUAUUUACGGUACUCUUUACGUUAUCUGUUUAUAUAUAUGUACUGUGCUGUAUAUGUAUAUAAACACAGCCCCAUUUAUGAGCUUAUGGGAUUUGAAUCUCUGUGUGAAUUCCCAUGAAUGACUUGCUCUGGUGUGGGUCCAACAUUGUACUUCCAUUCCAUUGUCAAUCGAAUUUUAUAAUCAGAGAGAUUAUCCAUGGUGGUUGUGUCAGUUUUAGCUCUCAACCCUGGAUAUUCCAGAGCUUCUUCCAUGACCUGUCCAUCCCAACGCUCCGUGUCACAUUGCCCCUGCUGACACCAUCGCAGCCUCCCCGCAGCUCUUCCAUAAACAUUUUGUUCCACCAGACUCUCAUCUUGACAGAACUUCCUUCCACUGAUGGAGUUAUUGAGCUGGAGCGUGGAGAGAGCCGUCGGUUUCAGGAUGAGCGGACGAUUCCGUGGUUUCCAUUCAAUGGCUGCAUUUUGAGCCCACAUCUAACAUCAGAUUGUUUUUUUUGUUUUUGUUCCUUUGGUUAAUAAGCGAAAUGUGUUCCGGACAAGUUCCAGAAUCCCAUGGAAAUUAAAAUGGAAAAUGUAACUUAAAUUUGCAUAAGCUUCUGUCAAUGCAAUUCUUAACUAACACAAGCUAUAAAAAUAUGCAGAAAUGUGGUAUUUCUAACAGUCUAUGAUAAAUUGUCUUUUUUUUUUGUUUUGAUUUUUUUCUCCCCAAGCAUGACGAGAUUGUUUACAGGAUAAAUUGGUCCAGCAGUUUCUUGUUCUCAAAUUAGUGCUCUCAUUGUGGUUUUGUUUAGUGGAGCUCAUUUACCCCCUCCCAUACCAACAGACAGGCUGCUUCGAGCACUGGGGGGGUCACGGAUGUGACCUGGAUACCCAUCUCCUGUGGUUCCUCAGAGCAGUGUUUCUUAAUUUGGUCCAUGGAGGCCCCUAGACAGUCCACAUUUUUGCUGCGAGGAAGCAAAAAUGUGGACCGUCUGGGGCUCCUGAAGGACCGGGUUGGGAAAGACUGCCCUAGAAAUGCAUUAGCAAAGGCUGUUUCUCCCAGACUUCUCCAGUGAGGAGCACCCCCCCAGCCCCCCCAGUGUGAGCAGGGAGCUAGCCUUCUGCCUACAGCCAGUCGCCUUCAUACACAAAACACGGUCACACGUAACGAUGCUCUUGGCCUUUUCUUGUUCUUUAUGGUGAAGGGAGACAGACUGCGCCAGAUGAGUGCUUAUUUUGAUUGAACAAAUGCAGAUUUCUCCUCCAACACUGUGUCUGGUCUUUACCUGGAUGGGCAAAACCCAGUCUUUACCGGGACAUCACUGCCACGACCGCUGUAAGCUGUUACUCGUGCAGAUAAUGCCGUCGCUGUACAGUUAUGCAUUUUCAUCCGUGACGCAAGCUCAGGGUUUCACUGUACCGUGGGGUAUGUAGAACUCGGAAGUUCUAGAAAAAGUAUGACUUCUCCAAAAACAUGAACAACGGCGAUCUAGAUCCGUCUCGGCUUCACCCAAGUGUCUGAGAUGGGGUGCCGCGCCGAAAAGGUCACGUUCGAUUCAAACUGCCUCUCAUGCACGCAAAUGAAAAAACAAACGAAUGAAGCGGGCACUUGUCCGCUGGGUAAUUCAGUUAGCAUUCGAGUAGCACAGCCUGUCUCCAUUCCCCAAACAGAAACUAAUCUGGGCUUGACGGUGCAGAGCAGACUUUACUGUGCCGGUUGCGGAUUUCGGUUGCAUACACACGGAUAGUAUCCGGGCAGGAAAGCUGAUCAUUUCCACUGGAGUUUGUGCCAACCUGUGAAAUGCAGAGAGCUCCAGCAACAGCAAAAGACCUGCACAUCAACUGAAGCUGUUGAGAUUGUCUGACAUGUCUUACGCUUAUCUUCAGUGUCUGUAAUGUUUGUAGGUAGAAUUGAAGAAGUUAUUGAUAGCUACCAGUGAUUUCAGAUUUUACCCGCAAUGUUCAAUUGGGGUGGCGUUCCUCAGACAGAGUAUUUCAUAAUUAUUUUCCAAUUUAUAUAUAAUGUAUAUAAAUUGGAAAAUGAAAUGGGCCUGAAAAGUUCAUCAGAUUUUAAGAUGAAUUAUUUCCGUAGCUAAAUUAAUAUGAAAUGUAUAAUUUCUGCCAAAAUCAGUCAAUGGUAAAAUAUAAGCCUUUAUUAUUUUUGUAAGUGUCUCUAAAAAGGGAGUAUAUAUGCAUUGAAAUGUGUAUUUCAAAAGUGUCAAAUUGUAUACGAUAAAUGUACUAAACAAUGUGGCUGGGUUUUAUGUCUGUGAGCCUUACAGUAUUGUAAUAAUAUUACUAAUUACAUUAUUUUAUGUCUUUUCUAAACAGAGGGUGCAAGCAGGGUUUUGCAUUAAAAGCAUAUUAAUAAUUUUGCAUGUGGAUUCUUUGCUGAAAAUGUGACUAUAAGGGGUUUUGCUAAUCCUAUCGCUAUAUUCACUAAGUCAGAUGUUGUUAAUGUACAAAGUAUUUUCUGAAAAUAAAAAAACAUCGAUGAACGCA